AUGACUUCGCGUGACGGGUACCAGUGGACUGCGACCACAGGUCUACGUCAAGGUGUACCAUCUAUUAGUGUCAUAUCACCUUCCACGAACGUGCUGUCAACAACCGAGGACUGGGAUGUAGUUGUUGUCGGGGCGGGAUAUUCGGGUCUCACAGCAUCUCGAGAUGCCUGUCUCGCAGGACUUAAAGUACUUCUUAUCGAAGCGCGCGAUCGCAUUGGGGGUCGUUCCUGGUCUUCCAACAUUGGCGGUUAUCCAUUUGAGAUGGGAGGUACUUGGCUAAGCUGGGGGCAACCGCAUAUUUGGCGAGAAGUCUCCCGAUACCAAAUGAGAAGCGAAUUGGAGCCGUCCUUUGAUUUCUCUCGGGGCGUGAAUCACUUUGAACUACGCACUAGCAGUCAAGGCUCAUCAACAUUUAGCCAUCUAGAAGAGGAUGCCCUCCUUGCCAGUGCAUUGGAAAAGUUCGUUGACGUAGACGGUGCGAUGGGCCGGGAAAUCAUUCCCUAUCCGCACGACGCCUUCCACAACCCUGCGGCCCGGCAAUACGAUGACAUGUCGGCUUUGGACCGUCUCAACACGCUGGCUCAGUCACUUACGCCAAAUGAACGCGCUGUAUUAGAGAGCUUCAUCCUGCUCUGCAGCUGUGGGACUCUUGAAACGACAAGCUUCUUUGAGUUCCUUCAUUGGUGGGCUUUAUGCGACUACUCCUACAAGGGGUGUCUGCAGCAUCUAAUUUCAUACAAGUUCAAGGGUGGGCAAUCCAGCUUCGCUAUCAAAUUCUUUCGCGAGUCAUUGGCAACGGGACGGCUAUCAUACGCCUUCAACAGCCCAGUUCAGUCGAUCAAUGACCAUGGCGACAGGGUUGUGCUAAAAACCCGCGAUGGCCGCCAGUAUAGUGGUGCCCGUCUGAUCUCUACUAUUCCAUUGAAUGUGCUCAGUUCCGUGAUCUUUUCACCUCCACUGAGCCCACAGCGCACAGCUGCCGCGAGUAUUGGUCAUGUUAACCAAUGCGUCAAGGUCCACGCAGAGGUCUCCAGUCCCGACAUGCGGUCCUGGUCGGGAAUUUCGUACCCGUUUAACAAGCUCGCCUACGCCAUCGGAGAUGGUACCACGCCCGCAGGAAACACACACAUUGUGUGCUUCGGGGGUGCACAUAACCACAUCCAACCCGAAGAGAACAUUGACGGGACUAAAAGGGCGGUGGAGAACAUGUCUCCUGGCAACAUGGAUAUCAAGCGAUUGGUGUUCCACAACUGGUGCAAGGAUGAAUUUGCCAAGGGCGCAUGGUUCUUUUCGCCUCCACAACUUCUGUCCAAGUCAUUAGACGAACUUAGGUGCCGGCAUGGAAACGUGCUCUUUGCGAACUCGGACUGGGCAGUGGGCUGGCGCAGCUUCAUCGACGGCGCUAUCGAGGAGGGCACUCGGGCAGCGGUGACAGUGGUAGAGGAGUUGCGACAACCCCCUGUCGCUCGUUCUCACUUAUAG